UGUAUGUAUUUGCGCACAACCUUCAGAUUAGCUAAAACCUACAACCCUGAGCUUCUUGAUGGGUUCACUCAAAGUGAAGAAAUAAUUGGUGUAGUGGUCUCUGUAAGUUCGUUCUCUUCCUGUAAAUCAUUCUUGUGUAUGUAGAUGAUGAUGAUGCUUGUUUAUAUUUAUAAGUCUCGAUUGCAAGCCCUAACUGCCAAACAUCUUGAUUUGCAUAUCUUGAAGAAUCUGUGUUUAAAAACACCCAUAUUUCGUAAUUACAGAACUAAAACAACAACACCCACAAAUGCUGAAUCUUCUGAAUUCAAGAUUUCAUUUCUCCAGAACGAAUAUGGGUUAUCCAAAAAAUCCCUAAUUCGUGCUUCUGAAUGUCUUAGUUUUGAUUUUUCUGACCAAAGAGCCCACUCUGUUCUCCAGCUCUUCCGAACCUUUGGAUUUCCACGGCCUAAUAUUAACAAAAUCAUUUCUAAAUAUCCCGGCAUUCUUAAAGGUUAUCAUCCUGAAAUGCUCAUCAAGCCAAAGCUUGAGUUUUUGCUCUCUAUGGACUUAUCUCGAGCAGAGGUAAUCGCCAUUGUCACCAAAUGCCCGCCUAUUCUCCAUAGAAGUCUGAAUAACCGAAUAAAGCCCACUUUCAACCUGCUCAGUUCACUGAUUGGUAGCCGGGAUACACUUGUUCUUCUUAAACAUAAUCCACACAUUCUUACCGCCUACAGAAUACAAGAUUUAUCGUUUAAUUUUGAGUUUCUUUGCGAACUUGGCGUGCCCCGUUUCCAGAUUGUGAAAUAUUUAGCAGGUCCUUUUCCAGUUUUAGGUAAACCACAUGACAAAUUGCGCAGUGUGGCACUGAAGGUUAAAGGCAUGGGUUUUGAUCUUUCAUCUGGGUAUUUUUUCGAUGCUGUUGUUGCAUUGUGUCAUGUCACUGACUCAACUUGGGAAGCUAGAUGUGUGUUGUUUAGAAGCUUUGGUUUCUCCAAUCAUGAGAUAGAUUUAAUGCUCAGAAAACUACCAAGGAUCAUGUGUUACAGUGAGAAGAAGAUCAGUGAAAGUGUGCAGUUCGUUGUGAAUAAGUUACAGUGGACACCGUCCAGGUUGUCAUGUCAUCCAGCUAUUCUUUCCUAUAGCUUACAGAAGAGAACUAUUCCAAGGUGUUCAGUUCUGCAAGUUUUGGUCUCGAAAAACAUUACUAGAGAGAGUUACAGGCUAUCAACGAUACUGUCUUUGACGCAAAGAAAGUUUUUAAUGGAAUAUGUAAAUGCACAUAUGGACAAAGUUCCUGAGGUAAUGGAGGCAUACCAAGGGAAGUUGAGGUUUGAUGAAUACACUUUUAAACAGAAGGGACAAUAAAGUUUGAAGUCAACAUGAUCUCUCUUUAGCAUCAGUUAUGUUAUGGAAUAGGCAGGAAUAGAGAAAACUUACGAGUAAAACUCGUAACUACUAAGGUGUGUUUUAACUUUUAAGGUGUCAGAUAUUAGAAGUCACAACAGCUUCAUAUUUCA